UUGAGGAUAUUUUAACAAUUUAUGGAAUCCGGCGCCUCCUGCUUUUAAGUAUCCGCAACCAGGCUGCAUCCCUACAGAGCCCCUUCCCUUGUUCAGUAUUACCUCUCUUCUUAAGUUUGUUAACACGAGAGACCUUUGUGUGGAAUCUUUUAAUCAAUUGAUUGGGUUGUUUUUGCGCUGCAAAUUUCAGAUGGUUAAAGGGCUUGUGUUUUUGGUAUAAACCCAUCAAUCUUUCAGGCUUAUGUAGGGUGGUUGUUCAUGGUAAAUCAUUCAGUCGUAUCUUUCGGACCAAUCAAUGGACGGAAUACAUUCACUUGUUAUGCAAGGAGGCGAUAGUCUAGAACAGAGAAUGGGGGCAUGGUCUAGAAGGAAACAGGUGUGAGCGUUUUUUUUGUAAUUAGUUUAUAGCACUGGUUUUAUCUGUUAAAUCCAGUGUGCUGUUUCACGAUACUCAAUUUUGUUGCCAUGUUGGGAGUUUUCUUGUGUAUUGGUUACUUUCUGGUGUUCAAAAUUCUUUGAUAAAGAUAACAAAUAGGUCAUCAAUACGGAAGAUCAAUAUAGAAAAGACAAGGUUUUAUGGAACAUAUCAGCUUUGUUCCAUCAGUACUGAUCACCUAGCGCUAGCAGACCCAAUGUUGAACAUUUGGCGAGCCCUGUGGCACAUUAAGGUGCUUUCAACUUGUAAAUGAGACUGGUUCCACACGAAUGUUUAAACAUAAUGAAUGUGGCUUUGGAAAGAUAAGCUAUACUUGGAUGUUGCUUAAGUGCUAUUUAAAUCAUUCAAGAGAAGGCCCAAACUUUUUACAAAUUCGCUUUAUCAAUUCCUUCCUGUUUGUCCUGGGAUUUGACUAAAUUAAACUAACAUCUUCUUGUGAUUACCGGCAAAACAAAAAUUAAUAUCACUCUAGUAAACAAAUUUACAAUCCUCUGAAGGGAAGAUUUACUUGUUGAUCAGAUAGUACGGGCAAAAAAUGAACAGAAACAGCAAUGGAAUUCACCAACUUACUUGAAAUUACCCUAGUUCGCAGCAAAUUGCCCUCAUUUAGUACUCUCAAAAUUUCUUAAAGAAAAAAGAGACCUGGGCUGACAUAGUAUAAGAUAUACGGUGAGGUGGACGGUCAGGAUAAGGUGAUGGGUUUGUGAUAUUGCACCAUAUGAUGACACAUGUUAGUAUAGACGUACCCCAGUACAUACCCCACUAUAGAUCUUUUGAGGCGGGUAGGAUCGAGAUUACUAUCCCAAGGCCUAUUACUUGACAAAUGACCGGAUAACGCUGAUGGACUAAUAUAUAUUUUCAAAAAAUUUUUUAUUCCAUAUAUUAACUUAAUCUCGGAUUCACUUUUACAUUUAUUGAAUGAGUUCAUGUGUGUGAGCAAUCUGUGAAUUUGUGAUUAAGUUAAUAUAUGGAUCAUAGUAUUUUGAAAAAAAUAUUAGUCCAUCACCGUUGUCCGGUCAUUGGUCAUGUAAUUAAGCCUUGGGGGUAGUGAUCUCGUCCGGCCCAACUCAAUUGAUAUGUACAGGGGUAUAUUUAUACUAACAUGUGUCACCAUAUAGUGAAAUCUCACCAACCCAUUACCACAUCCUUACUGUCCAUCUCUCCAUAUAUAAAUCCUAUGUCAACCCAGGUCUCUUUUUUAUUUAAGAAAUUUUGAGAGCACUACUGAAGGGCGAUUUGCGGCGGACUAGGCUUUUUUCACGUGAGUUGGCGAGUUCCAUUUCCGUUUCUGAUCAGUUUUUGUCUGUACUAUUUGAUCAACAAGUAAAUAAUUCCUUUAGAGGAUUGUAAAUUUUGUUUACUAAAGUGAUGUUAAUUUUUGUUUUGCGGGACAUCACAACUAGAUUUUAGCUUAAUUUUGUCUGAUCCCAGGACCGGUUGGAAGGAAUUGAUAAAGCGAAACUGUAGAAGCCUGGGCCUUCUCUUUGAACGAUUUAAUAAAUAAAAAUCCAAUACUUCAGUUUUAUUUAUGUAAUGUAAUAAGUAUAUUGAUUAAGUUUCAGAUAGUGUGGUAAUGUUAAUUUUCCGAUCAGUUUUACUAGAUUGUUUCCUUAAAUUUACUGUUAAAAUUUAAGUUAGAUGGUAUAAGCUGAGGUGUAUGAUCUGAUUGCCACAAAAAAGGUUUUGAUCAAGGUCUGGUUUGGUGUUUGAUAACAGGCUUAUGUACCAUGGUGGUUCAUGGUAAAUUAUUCACUUGUAUCUUUCAGACCAAUCAAUGGACGGAAUACAUUCACUUGUAAUAUUCGAGAUUUUGGUCUCUAGUAGCAAAUGUUAUGCAAGGAGGCGAUAAUCUUGAACAGAGAAUGGGGGCAUGGUCUAGAAGGAAACAGGUGUGAGCGUUUCAUGAAGGACAAGAGCUUGAGAGAAUCAGCCCAUUUUUCCAACGAAGGCAGAAUGGAAGUGGUUGAAAAGCCUGCCUUGGGUGGAAUGGAAAAGGCAUUUUGUAAUAAUUUUCUGAGGCGGAUUGUUGAUUUCUUUGCGGGGAGGUUGAUAAUUGACUAUUUCGGGAAUGCUCCACGAACAGUAAAACAAGGACGGGAACGGAAAAGGAUUUGCAGGAGAUCGGGUGACACAGUUUGGGGGGCAUGGGGCAUUCUUCCUGUUGAACUUCUGGUUUCAAUAUUGGUAAAGUUAAGUAUCGUGGACUACCUGUCAUUUAGCGGUGUUUGUAAAUCUUGGAGGUCUGCAUCUAAUGAUUUCCGCAAAUAUUGUAUGGAGCGCCAGCAACCCCUAAUUGUUGUUCAGCCAAAGUAUUCAAAAAAGUCUUGUGUAUUGUACAAUAUGUUCGAUAUGAAAAGUUACAAAACAAUGCUGCCAGAUUUGCCUUGCAAGAAAUUAUUUGGUUUGUCAUGUGGGUACCUGAUUACAAUUGACAGAAACCUAGGCUUUUGGCUCGUAAAUUUAAUGACAAAACAUGAGCUGCGUUUUCCCUUCCUUCGUGAUAUGGGUGACAGAAAUUGGUUUGAAUUUUCUGCUCGCCUCUUUCGGUCCACUCGGCUUUCAGAAACUUUCAUGGUUCUUUUCUCUCGGACAAAAAAUUAUAUUUGGUUAUCCAAAAGUGGCAGCAGCAGUUGGCAGAGAUAUGCUUUAUUCGACACAAAAGCCAAGGUUGCAGAUGUGAAGAUUUUUUAUGGCAAAAUCUUUGUUUUGACUUCAGAUGUACGUUUUGGAGAAUUUAAUCCGAAGGCAUUUUCUGUUCCGAAGUUCUCCAAAAUCAGAAUCCCUUUCCAGGUUUCAUCUAAUAUGUAUUUGAAGUUGGUAGCGUCAGACAAUAAGCUAUACAUGACUGUAUUGAAUAGUCAUCUCUAUCCUGCAUUGGAACGAUAUCUUUCAUUAUUCGAAAUUGACCAUGAGACAAUGGAUAGAGCAAAACAGAUUCAUGACUUGGGUGCAAAAUCUUUAUUUCUUAGUUCGUACAGUUCCGCUGUCGUCAAUACAACUGGUUGGGGAGCAGGUAACUGUGUCUGUCUUCUUCACUUUAAAGAUUUGAAUAAAUGUUCUUUCUUUAACCUGAAUGGAAAUCGGCUAGGAACAACUCCUGUUGUUUGGGAUGGUCAUUUAUUGCCAUAUUUUUGGUAUUUUCCUAGUGAAAUUUGGUCAAUUAGUUGUGUCAGUGAUGAGUUUGGCGCAUGAUCACUUCUAAAUCUCAUUCAGUUUUUUUCAUUAAGUCUGUAGUUUUUAUCUUCAUCUUACAUUAUGGAACUGUAAUGUUUGCCUUAGAGGCCCCAGACAAAACUCAAAUGUCAUUCUUUGUAUUUCUUAUUGGCACCAUGUCUUUUCGUGUAUAAUACAGAUUCAUAAGGAAAAAUUUCCCAAUUUGAAGCUGUAGUUUAAUAUAGUUAUAUAUUUUUACUGAGCAAACUUUAAUUUAUAGAUGAUUACUUUAUUUCUGAAUUAUGGUAGUGACAAACAGAUAAGUUAAUUUUCAAGAAGGAGAUGCAGUUUCUUCCAUCUCUUUUUCCUGCUAGAUCUUUGCAUGUCCAACUCUUUUUCCAGCC